ACGUAUAUCCAAAUUCAAUUUAUGCAUACGAAAAUGACAACAUAAUCCGCAAAAAUCCGACCCGUUUAGCAUAUAUCCGAGCUUAGACGCAUUGAAUAGCCAUUAACCAAGUGGCAACAAAUUUUCACCGCCACAAAACACCCGUCACUGAUUCUCCGAUACAACUCACAUUCACCGCGCUGCUUCUAUCACCUUCAUCUACCAUAUUCCAAAAUCAACCAUGAAUUCACCGGUAAUUACAAAUCUACCAUCACUCCAAAUCACAAAAUAAGCAACCACGAUCUUAUAUAUAUACAAUUGAAAACACUUUAUUCUACUUUUUUUUUUCUUUUCUUCUUGAACUUUGAAUUUGAUGGUAACUUUUGAGGGAAUGGAACAGCAGAGAAGUUCCUCCGGUGCGUCACUCAGCCCUAGAUCUCCGUCUUCUUCGCAACCGUUUCUUUCCGUCUCUGUUUCCGAUCCCGUUAAACUCGGCAAUGGCGUUCAAGCUUAUAUCUCUUACCGCGUCAUUACCAAAACAAAUUUUCCCGAAUACCAGGGGCCCGAGAAGAUUGUCAUCCGACGUUACAGUGACUUUGUUUGGUUACGUGAUCGCCUUUUUGAGAAGUACAAAGGCAUUUUCAUCCCUCCUAUUCCAGAGAAAAGUGCUGUAGAGAAAUUCCGUUUCAGUGCUGAGUUUAUUGAGAUGAGGCGACAGGCGUUGGAUGUGUUUGUAAAUAGGAUAGCAUCACAUCAUGAACUUCGACAAAGUGAGGAUCUGAGAACGUUUUUGCAAGCAGAGGAAGAGACAAUGGAAAGGUUAAGGUCCCAUGAGACUGGCAUAUUCAAGAAGCCGUCUGAUUUAAUGCAGAUUUUUAAGGAUGUGCAAUCAAAAGUGAGUGAUGUUGUCCUCGGGAAGGAGAAGCCAGUGGAAGAAUCAGAUGCUGAAUAUGAGAAGCUAAAGCGUUACAUUUUUGAACUGGAAAACCACUUGGCUGAAGCUCAAAAGCAUGCAUAUCGUCUUGUGAAGAGGCACAGAGAGUUGGGACAAUCACUGUCAGAUUUUGGAAAAGCUGUGAAACUUCUAGGUGCUUCUGAAGGAAAUGCACUUGGUAAAGCAUUCUCGGAACUUGGGAUGAAGUCAGAGAUUUUAUCAGUCAAGCUGCAAAAGGAGGCACAAGAGCUCUUGAUGAGUUUUGAAGAACCUUUGAAAGAUUAUGUCCGUGCUGUACAAUCUAUUAAGGCAACAAUAGCAGAGAGGGCCAAUGCCUUCAGGAGGCAAUGUGAAUUGGCUGAAACAAUGAAGCUGAAGGAGAUUAAUCUUGACAAACUCAUGUUGAUUCGGUCUGAUAAAGUGGCAGAAGCCGAGCGUGAAUAUCACGAGUUGAAGGCAGAGAGUGAACAAGCAACAAAGACAUUUGAGACAAUUGUGAAACUAAUGAAUGAAGAAAUAGGGCGUUUUCAGGAACAGAAAACAUUAGAUAUGGGGAUUGCUUUCCAUGAAUUUGCCAAAGGUCAGGCACGCUUAGCAAAUGGUAUUGCAGAUGCGUGGCGGAGUUUGCUUCCGAAACUAGAGGCAUGUUCCUCUUCGCAGUGAAUCAAGUGCUACAGAACUCCUACAGAGGGCUCUUGGUUUCUAAUAGGGGGGCUUACAGGAGUUCUAUGCUGUUUCAAAUUGUGUUGUAAAAGAUGUGAUUUUCUUGCAACUUUGAAUUUGUACAAAAUCUUGAAAAUUUGAAAUCCCAUAUUUAAAGUAAUGUAGAACCCUGACCUCUGAUACCUGAA